AUGAAUCUAAUUUUAUUUAUUUGUUUAUUUACUAACCAGUUAAUUCAAAUAUAUAUAACAUACAUUUUAGAUGGUUCUGAUGCACAAGCAUCCCAGUUGCUAGGCCAGCUCGACUCGGCGUUCCUGUUCGCCUAUGCCGCAGCAAUGUUCGUGUCUGGUUUUGUGGCAGAACGCGUUAAUUUACGAUAUUUUUUGGCAUUUGGCAUGCUAUUCUCCGGAACUUUCAGCUAUUUAUUCGGAAUUGCCAAGACUUACAACAUACACGACCUAUGGUAUUUUAUUAUUGUACAGGGUUUGGCUGGCAUCGUACAAACCACUGGUUGGCCCGGUGUUGUAACUGUGGUGGGAAAUUGGUUUGGGAAAAGCAAAAGAGGAUUAAUUUUUGGCAUUUGGAAUUCCCACACGAGUAUAGGGAACAUUUUAGGUUCAUUAGUGGCUGGUGCUUAUGUAGAAUACGACUGGUCUCUUUCUUUCAUCAUUCCAGGAUUAAUAAUGGGAGUUGCGGGUUUUAUAAUAUUUUUAUUUUUAGUUGCACAUCCGUCCGAUGUUGGUUGCAUUUCUCCCAACAACACAGACCGAAAGAAAUAUAAGCGUUUAAAAGACCAAACAACUGGCGGAGAUACAUCGCCAACGAGCAAUUCUGAAACAGAAGAAACUGAAAGUUUAAUUGAAGAACAGGAAGUUCAAAGGCGAAUUUCAGAACGUUCAUAUUUGCUACCGAAUAAUCAGAGUCGUUAUGGACAGCAAGCUAUAGGGUUUUUUGGUGCACUAAAAAUUCCUGGAGUAGUUGAAUUUUCCUUUUCUUUAUUUUUCGCAAAGUUAGUUAGCUACACAUUCCUCUAUUGGUUACCUUUAUAUGUACACGCAUCGACGACGAUGGGUGCCGCACUAAGUGCCGAUUUGUCCACCUUAUUUGAUGUCGGUGGAAUUGCUGGUGCAAUCGCUGCUGGGUUUUUGUCUGAUUGUACUAACAUGCCGGCUGCGACUUGUGCCGUAAUGCUAAUACUCGCAAUUCCAGGAAUGUUCGUUUACCAGCAUUUCGGUACGAUUCACAUCGGAUUAAAUGUAGUGUUGCUAAUAAUCGUUGGAUUUCUUGUUAACGGUCCUUAUGCCCUUAUAACAACGAGUGUUUCGGCCGAACUCGGUACACAUUCCAGUUUAGAAGGCAAUUCGAAAGCAUUGGCAACUGUCACUGCUAUUAUCGAUGGUACCGGAUCGAUAGGAGCUGCUGUUGGACCACUUUUGGCUGGUUACGUCCAGUCGCAGUAUAGUUGGCACAGUGUAUUCAUUAUGUUAAUGCUGUCGGACGUGUUUGCAUUAGUUCUUUUGUUAAGAUUGGUUAGGCGUGAACUGAGUUGGCUCAGACAGCGACGAAGAGAAGAGAGAAUUGAAUAGCAAUUGUAUUGCCAACAUUUCUGUCUAUUUAAGAACAAAAGAGCCACUUGUUGAACGUGUUUUUUGUUUUUGUUUUAAAGGGUCAGUUGUUAACAAUUAUCGAGUUAUAUCUUUAGUAAAUACUGCAGUGAACCAUACGGGAAUACGGGCGAUUCGAUUAGGAGAAAAAGGAUAGAUAGGCAUUUGAUGCGUGUAUCCCUAUUUUUGUUACCACUUUUUAAUGAGCUUAUCUGUUUUAGUACUGCUCACUAAACGCUCAGUGAAGUAUAAAACAUUCGAUCUAAAUACUUAAUACGUAAGUGUAGAACAAAAGUAAAAUAACAAGACUGCUUCUGUCCUUUCUAACGAUAUGAAUGUAGGGAGGGCCCACUCCAGUAUGUACUACAGCUCGAUGUUUUUUAAUAUACUUGUGUAUGUACUGUUCACAUUUAGGAAAUGUAAAUAGUUAUACAUUUUUAUAAUUGAAUUUUUUAAACGGAACCAUCAUUACUGUUAUGAAUAUUAUGCGAAUGUAUGUGUAGAGAUUGUGUUAUGUAGAAUUUUUAAACCCGUUUUCUUUUUACUUGUUAAAAAUUGCUGAUGAAUAUACCGGGACUGAUAAAAACUUGAUUUAGCAUUUUAUUAUGUAUUAUGUAUUUGCCAUUAUUUAAUUAUAUUAUAUACAUUUUUUAUUUA